AUGCUUCCAAAGAAGUUUAGCUUCCGGAAGAAAGACAGCCAGAGAGAAAGUUCACAAAGACACGCCAGUAUCAGUCCAUCGCCAUCAAACGUCCCAAGCCAGGAGCAAAGUGUCUAUGAUGGAGCGAGCAUAACCCCCUCUCACACCACCAACCAACCUAAUGUGCUUGCUGCAAGAAGGGAUGACCAUGGACCUGGCCCGAUGGGCCUCAACGUGGUGUAUUCUCCUGGAGCUGAUCGGAAGGCGGACAUCAUCUUUAUCCACGGCCUUGGUGGAAGUAGCAGAUGGACCUGGUCAAAAUACAGAAACCCUGACCUAUUUUGGCCGCUUACUUUCCUCCCUUUGGAGUCGGACAUCUGCCGGGCCAGAAUCCUCAGUUUUGGAUAUAACGCAAACUUCCUGAAGUCUGGAAAUGCGAGCACGAUAGUCCUGGACUUCGCCAAAGAGUUGCUUUUUGAUCUUAGAUUUGCUAAGGAUGAGAAAAACGAGGAUCUAGAGAUGGGCUCCGCCUAUAUGCAGGGUCGGAAUGACCCAGGAUAUAAAAAGAUAGUGAAGGCUAUCUCCGCUAUCUUAUUCCUUGCCACUCCUCAUCGGGGUACCAAUUUGGCAGACAUCCUUAACAGAUUGUUGCAGUCAACUCGUAUUAGUACUCCGAAAGGUUACAUAUCCGAGCUCUCCAAAGACUCCUUCACUCUACAGAAGCUAAACGAGCAGUUCCGACAUGUCGCUCCUAAACUCGACAUCGUCUCUUUCUAUGAAACCCAGCCCACUUCGAUUGGGCUCAAGGGUGCGCGAGUGAUGAUACUAGAGAAAGAGUCAUCGGUACUUGGCUAUCCAGGGGAAACCUCAAAGGCUCUGGAUGCGGACCACCACGAUGUUUGCAAAUACGAAAGCCCCCUCGAUCCGAAUUAUAUUACCGUGAGAAACGUCCUCAAGUCCAUACUCGGUAGAAUCAUAUUGGCAAAUCAAACGAACCAAUCACUCGCUUCAGACCGGAGGGAAUCGCUCGACUUGAAAAUGACACUGGCCAUCCCAGAAUUGCCCGACGUGGAUUAUAUUUUCUUCAAAGAUCAAUGGACACCGGGUACCAAUGCCUGGUUUCUUGACGAAAUCGCCUAUCAGCAAUGGGCGAGCCCCAACGGGUCCCUGCCAUACUUACUCUGGGUCAGCGGCGGCGCGGGGACAGGCAAGUCUGUUCUGUCCUCCUUCGUCAUCAACCGACUUGUCGAACAAGGCAGAAACUGCCAAUACUUCUUCAUUCGGUAUGGAGAGCGGAAGAAACGAACCUUGAGCCUUCUUCUUCGGUCAAUCGCCUACCAGGUCGCUCAAAGCGUGCCUGACUUCCGCGCAAAGCUCUCUGAAUUUGCCGGGGAGGCUGUUGACCUGGAGACGGCAGAUCCAAAGACUAUCUGGGAACGUCUCUUCAAGUCCAUACUUUUCAAAAUGGAGCGGAACCAACCUUUAUAUUGGGUCAUAGACGGUCUGGACGAAUCACUCGAUGCUCGAGCUAAUAUCAAACUCCUCGCUGACAUCGCCGGGUCCUCUGUACCGAUUCGGGUUCUUCUUCUCGGCCGCGCAACUGCGGAGAUCUCUGCUGCACUAAAAAAGGCAUCACAGUUAGUGCCGCACGGUGAGAUUAGCAUCGAAGGACAUAGAGAAGAUAUAUACGCUCAUAUCCACCAAGAGCUGAGUAUGUCCGGUAGCACCGACUUCAGAGAAGAUAUUGUUAAGCGCCUAGUUGAGGGCGCCCAGAACAAUUUUCUUUGGCUGCGACUGGCUGUUGAGAAACUAAACUCAUGCUACACGAUGACCGAGGUGGAAAGGGCUUUUCAGGAACUCCCCCCUGGAAUGGAAGCGCUAUACCAUAGAAUGGCGACGUCGAUUGCACAGAACCCAUCGCCUUCACGCCGAAAUUUGGCGUUAGCCAUUUUGCAAUGCGUCACCUGUUCAUCCCGCGUACUCACAAUGGCAGAACUAUCACAGGCCUUAAACGAAGACGUCUCUGACAUGCUAGAUUUUCAGCAAUCCAUCGGAGAGCUGUGUGGAGGAUUUGUGAUUGUCGACAACAGCGGUAAGGUUAGCAUGCUUCAUCAUUCCGCGCGCGAGUAUCUACUCAACGUCGGAAAUGGGCCGUUCUCCAUCAACCGCGACGCAGCCCACGAGCAGCUGCUUCUAAGCUGUAUGCGAUGCCUCAUGUCUCCAGGUCUAAGAGGCAAGAUAUCACGCGAAGAUAUGCCAGAGUUCCUCGAUUAUAGCGCGACUUGGUGGUCCUCCCAUCUCGCCUUGACACCUGCUAGCCGCGAGUCUGUGUAUAAUGUCAUCAAGAAGUUUCUCACCGGCCACUGGGUCUUAAUAUGGAUUCAUGCUCUUGUGAUAGCCAAGCAACUCAGAGUUCUGAUUCGGGCUUCCAGGAACCUUUACAAAUACGCAACCUCAAGACAGAACAUACAUGUGGCAGCAUCGAACGAAGUCAGCCGCAAGAUGGAGUAUCAAUUCUUGGAGAGCUGGACUGUGGAUUUUGUGAAAGUUGCUGGCAAGUUUGCUACCAACCUUCGGCGUAAUCCAGCAGCGAUCUAUAAACUGAUUCCUCCCUUCUGCCCCCGAAACUCGGCCAUAUACCAACAAUUCGGGAAGCCAGAAGACAAAAGCCUUGCAGUCGUAGGGCUUUCGGCACAGGAGUGGGAUGACUCACUUGCCAGGUUAUCCUUUGGAGCUGGCACCAAUGCAUCCUCUAUCGCCGCGGCGGGUACUCAGAUCGCUGUCCUGGCUCCGGCUGGGACCAUCUUUGUCUAUAAUUCGUCGGACUUUGAAGAAGCAGUUGGUAGCCCAAUUACGCAUGGAGAGAGGGUGUACCGCAUGUGCCUAAAUGGCACGGGGACCCUACUAGUGACCUACGGAUUCAAAUCCAUCAAGAUCUGGGAACUUCCAACAGGAGUAUGCAAACUGUCAUGUGCGAAUCUCGAAUCUCGACCUCGACCGCUUGCUAUGCUCUUUACGAGGGAGGACAGCAUGCUUCUGGUCGGCUCGGAUGACCGACGUAUCAGGUCACUCAACCUGAACGACCCGUCACCCACCUGGGAGAUUAUGGCAGAGCUCGAGGAGCUACAAUUGGAAGGACAUUACCUCAAUGCCUCCAGUUACAUGUCUAUAAACAAUGAAGGCAGUCUAAUAGCGGUGGCCUACCGGGGACAUCCGCUCUCAGCGUGGGAGAUUGACGGUCCGAUCCACAUCAACCAUUGCUGGCGAGCAAGGGAGCAAGUCGCAAGAGGGGAGGUUAUGGAGGCAGUAUGGCACCCUCAUUCCCCCGAGCUUCUGGGUCUAUACCUUGAAGGUGUAGUUUUCAAGUGGAAUCCAUACGAGGGGAAUCCCGAAGAGAUUGGUACCGGUGCUACUGCGCUAGCAAUGAGCAGAGAUGGGAGUUUGUUUGCCACUGGCGACGUGCAAGGCACCGUGAAGGUCUAUACCAUGUCGGACUUUUGCCUCUUAUAUGAACUAGCCUCACAAGAUGCUGUCAUUGAUCUGGCAUUUAGCCCGAGUCUCCAUCGGUUUUACGACGUGCGUGGUGACUAUGCAACGGCGUGGGAGCCGAAUGUAUUGAUGAGGUACGCAGAGCGUCUAGAGAAAGGAUCUGAUGGCGAUAGCGAGAGUGAUAGCUCUGGUCAAGGCUCCACAGUAUCCAUGGGUAGUUCACGCAGGAUUGACACGAUCACGGCUUUGGCUGCAUCGCCCAUCGGCCGCCUGUAUAGCCAUGGUACGGAAUACGGAGGCGUGCAGUUGUUUGACAUCUCCCGUGGAAAGCUUUGUGAUAUCCAGGGCUCGGAAAGAUUUCUGAGCAUUGAACAAAUGAGCUGGAGUACUGAUGGUCGGUACCUUUGCUUUUCCGAUUCAAGCCAGACAGUUUUCAUCGUGUCAAUUCUUUUCGAGACUCGCUUGUCCCACUCAUCGAGAGUCGAAAAGGUGAUGGAAAAGCCAAUGGAGGAUGAUACAGAAGGGCCCAUCACACAGCUUCUAUUCCGACCUAACCAGAACUCAAGUCACGUCCUGGUAUCCACGCCGUUCACAGUCUGUAUCAUCGCAAUUGAGUCGACCCUGGUGACACACUCUCUAGAUCGGCUCUUUAGUCCGUGUAAAUGGAUUGCCGACCUUCGAGACCCGACACACAUCCUUGCAGUUGAACCAAACUCCGUCACGGUAUACGACUGGACGUUGACAAGAAAGGCAACUUACCGUUUUGACUUCCGCGGAGAAAGUUCACUCACACUAGAACACAACCAGGACACUGAGGGAACUGGAGAGAUUGACCGCGUUCUUAUCACCCAGGAUAAACGCCACAUCCUAGUUCAGAUGUCGCUGGGGAAAGGCCUGAAACAGAAAUCAUUCUUCUAUUUCGCUCUCCCGCCAUUCACCACAUCUACCUCGUCGGCACAUGACGAUGAUGACCACCCAGCGCCCGUCACCGCAGUUAUUCUCCUGGAAGCCAUAACCUCUCAGAUCGCGCUGGCCCUCUCGUUCCUUUCUCAAGACCGACUGGUGUUUCUAUCAAAGACCUUCGGUAUCAGCUGCUUGAAAGUUCCCUUUGAUGGUGGAGACUCCGGACGAGUUACAGUACCUUCCCCGUCUCCCUAUACCCCUCGCCGGCAGAGUACGAAUGCAAUUCACCAUUCGUCAAGGAGGGAUUCUAUUUUCGGCACCCUUCAGCAUCGCCGAGGCAAUUCCGAGGACGGGUUUGGUUCUCAGCCACAACAAGCCAAGACGGAGAUGACGGGGGCUAAGGAGAUUUUCGCGCUCCCGGGGGAUUGGAUUAGUAGGGACUGUCUGGCGCUGUGUAGUAUCUGGGCCAAAGAGAGGGCUUUGCUCUGUCCGAGGAAUGGGGAGGUUGCGGUGGUCAAAUCUGCUGGGUUAAUCUAA